UACACUGAGUGCUGUAAACGAAUCUGCGACCUCGAAACUCAAGUGUGACACCGCCUGACUGUUGUGCAUGUUACAUGUGGAGCUCAAGUUUAAGGAGAAAGAAGGACAGACGAUUGUAACCUCAGGUUAUACUGAGGAUGUUGAGACUCAGCUGCCUUAGAGGACUGGACUGGCAUUGUCCUUCAUGGAGCAUCCUAAGGUCAACAACGAGAGAAACAAGUCAGCUUUCAUAUAAUUUCCCAAAAACCACAUUCCCCUCAUGCAGAACUUUCAAAAACACACCUUCAUUCCUCUUUAAAACAUCAGGUUUUCCUCAAUCACACUACUGUCCACCAAGGCUAUUUGGAAAACAAAGAGCUUUUUACUCUCAAGGCCCCUCUAAAACACCAAACCCAGGCUCGUCAGCAGGUGUCAAACUGCGUACACGCUUGGUGGUGACGCUUCUUUUCGGAGGUGGCAUUAUUGGUACCUGGUGGUACGUCCACCAGGAAAAACAACAGAAGAUCCAGAUGCAGCGACUGGAGCAGCUGAGAAAAGUGGCAGUCGGACAGGGAGACUUCAGUCUGUUGGAUCACACAGGACAGCGAAGGACCAAACGUGAUUUCCUAGGCCGUUGGGUGCUCUUAUACUUCGGUUUCACCCACUGCCCAGAUAUCUGCCCCGACGAGCUGGAUAAAAUGACUAGCGUGGUGCGUAUUCUUGAUAAAGAUCCCAGUUUGCCUCCUGUCCAGCCGCUUUUUAUCACCGUCGACCCUGAGAGAGAUGACGUUGCUGCUAUGGCAAAGUACGUAAAGGAUUUCCACCCCCGGCUGAUUGGAUUGACGGGUACCGCGGAGGAAGUGAAGCAGGCAGGACGGGAUUAUAGGGUCUACGCCAGCGCUGGGCCUAAAGAUGAGGAUGGAGAUUACAUUGUGGACCACACCAUCAUCAUCUACCUGGUUAACCCAGACGGACUGUUUCUGGACUACUACAAUAGAAUGAAAAACGAUGUACAGAUUGCUGAGAGUAUACGGAAUCACAUGAAAAACUAUGUUAAAUUAUUUCCAGAUUGAUCUAAAUGGGGGAAAACGUGUUUUCACAAUAAAGCUGUAUUUCAAAACGCUGAUCAACCACAUCCUAGUUC